AUGACGACAUCUCAGCCCCACACCUACGAAAAUGAAGUAUAUGCAGAUGGCCUUAAGAACUUAAAACCAGCCAUUAGCUUCAACCCACUUGACUGGGAAGUCAAAGCCAAGGAAAUUCUUCCCGCCGAAAGUUUCGGCUAUGUAUGGGGUUCAGCCGGCAUCCGUGAGACAGACGACAACAAUCGAGCAGCGUUCCGCAAAUGGGCCAUUAUUCCAUCACGCCUGGUCAAGGCGGACUUCCCAAACCUUUCGACCACUAUUUUCGGCCAAACGUACAAAUCCCCUAUUGCGAUUGCACCAGUGGGCGUUCAACGCAUCUUUCACCGCGACGGGGAAAUCGCAACUGCCACAGCAGCAUGCAAGGAGAAUGUUCCGUAUAUUCUCAGCUCGGCUUCAUCAACCAGCAUUGAGGAUGCUGCAAACGCCAAUGCCGACGGCCCGCGUUGGUUCCAGUUGUACUGGCCAUCAAACGAGCACAAUGACAUUACCGUAAAUCUUUUGAAGAGAGCUAAGCAAUCCGGGUACAGCGUGCUCGUGGUGACACUUGACACAUAUAUCCUGGGCUGGCGUCCAUCUGACCUUUCAAAUGCAUUCAACCCUUUCCUGCGCCCGGAUAACAUUGGCGUCGAGCUAGGCUUCUCAGACCCUGUUUUCCGCCAUUGGUUCCGUGAACGGCAUGGUAAGGAGGUGGAGGAUGACAUGGGGACUGCUGCGGCAGAGUGGACGAAAACUAUAUUCUCGGGUCUCAGCCAUUCCUGGGAAGAUCUGAAGUUUCUUCAAGAGCAUUGGGAUGGACCGAUUGUUUUGAAGGGAAUCCAGACUGUUCGGGAUGCAGAACAGGCUGUUGAAGCUGGAGUUCAGGGCAUUGUGGUUUCUAAUCACGGUGGUCGUCAGCAGGAUGGAGGAGUCGGAUCUCUCGAUGUGCUUCCUGAGAUUGUGGAAGCGGUUGGGGACCGAAUGGAGAUUAUUUUCGAUUCUGGUAUUCGGACCGGGGCUGAUAUUGCUCGAGCUUUGGCGCUUGGCGCAAAAAUGGUCCUUAUUGGUCGGCCGUAUGUUUAUGGGCUUGCUAUUGCUGGAGAGGCCGGGGUGUCUCAUGUACUUCGAAGCCUUCUUGGUGACCUGGAAUUGACGCUCCAUCUUGCUGGUAUUCCGUCUUCGUCCUCGGAGCAUUUGAAUAUGAAAGUGCUAAGGAGAAAUACUUGA